AAACAAACCGUUUUGGCAACGCAAAAAAUCGAUAACAGUACUUGCAAAUUCACCACCCGCAACAGCUGCAGUAAUUGAUAUUAGGUGAUUUGCGGUUUCUUUUUAUCAGUAGCUUAUUACAGCAUUUCUACGUUAAAUAACACUUAUUUAGAAACUGCUAUUCGAAGGUGAUUAAUGUUACUUUAAGCAGUACGUUUCUUCAAGUUCAAAAGGCCUAAAAACGUAAUAAUUUGUUAUGUAAAAAAGUACCAGUGAGAUAUGAUAAAUCAGCUGGGCUAGGCCAUCGGCUUUGUGAGGUCAGAAGAAAGUCACAUCGUAUCAUAAAUUGGUGAACCGACAAAUAGUUUUUCUCUGCAAAAAUGCGUUUCACUACAGCCGCAAUAGCUUUGAUAACGUUUAUUGUGAUAUUUUCGAUAUUUGUGGCGAACGUCGCCAAUCUGGUUGGUAUCGAUAGGAAGUUGAGCAAGCGACUGGAUGCCGCUUAUAAUGAGGGCCAGCUACGCUGGAACACGGAUCGUCAGCGAUGGUCGAAUGGCUUCAAGCUUGAUGAUAGCCCACGACAUCUUAUGUGGUUUCUACAGAUUUCGGAUCUUCACAUCAGCCUUUACCUAGACCCGACGCGUAUUCCUCAUCUGAUCGAAUUUUGUAACCGUACAGUGGACGUAAUCCGACCGUCGGUUGUUCUUGCGUCUGGAGAUUUGACGGAUGCAAAAACGUCAAACUUUUUAGGAUCCCAGCAGCAUGAGAAAGAGUGGCGCUGGUACCGGGACGUUUUGAGAGACACAAAUGUGCUCAGUAAAACUGCGUGGUUGGAUAUUCGAGGAAAUCAUGAUAAUUUCAAUGUUCCCGCCUUGCAAGCCAAGCAGGAUCUUUUCACCAAUUAUUCUGUUCAGGGCAGAGUACAUUCACGUUCCUACAUGCAUCAUUUAACGACCAAGGAUGGUGACCGUUAUAGUUUUAUAGGCGUAGACGCUUGUCUGGAACCGGGCCCAAAAAGGCCGUUUAACUUUGUUGGAAUGUUGUCCAUCAAUGAAACGCAGCAUAUUAUGAGUCUAGCGGAAAAGUCUAGAGACAUGGGGACGAAUUAUACGAUUUGGUUCGGCCAUUAUCCUACGUCGUGUAUAUUGACUCCAGGUUUAGGAACUAGUGGAGUGCGGAACUUGGUUGGUAAAUAUCAGGAAGGGUACGCUUACCUCUGCGGGCAUUUUCAUAAGCUGGGUGGAGCCGUUCCACAAAUGUAUACGAUGCAAAAUGAAGGAUUUCUAGAACUAGAAUUAGGGGAUUGGAUGAAAAACCGUCUAUACCGAUUAGCUGCUUUUGAUCAUGGACAGUUUUCGUUUGUCGAUUUGCAGCAUAAUCAGUGGCCGGUCGUUCUGAUUACGAAUCCCAAGAACCCUCUGUUCAAUAUACCUGGCAAAGAAGAUCCUCAAGCCCAGUUGCAUUCUAGUCAUAUUCGUUUGCUUGCCUUCUCUCCAGCUAAGAUAACUGAAUGUCAGGUAAAGUUAGAUAGCCAGGCUUGGAUCGAUUGUACCCCAGUCACUAAAGAACUGUUUGUGGUUCCAUGGAGAGCGGAGCAAUACGCUCAAGGUAUGCACAAAAUAUCUGUGUUUAUUCGAGAUGAAGACGGGCGGUAUCGGGUGAUUGAACAAGAAUUUACCUUGGAUGGGUCACGUAAGAAGUUCAGCAUACUGGCGCGAUUCGUACUGAUGUACGAUACGAACAAGAUUUUCCAGGCCUUUUUCAGUGUGGCUUUGAUUUCCUGCUUAUUGCCGCUAUGUGUGUUCCGAAUUUGGCAUAUGCUCGUUAGAAGUGGAACCGUCGCACGUCCCCGCAUUCGAAGUUUGUGUUGCCGUGGUUGGAUUCGAAAGAUGUGGAUUCUUUCGACGGUCGAUCGUCUCAUAUUUCCCAUUGUUGGAUACUGUCUGUACUUGACGUGCGGUCCGUGGUCAUUUGGAGAAAUCAUUGACGGCCAUAUGGGCAUUGUAUUUGUCUGGGGCAUUUUUGUGAAUGGUGCUUUCCUUCCUGGAACGUUAACAUAUUUCUACGGAUUCUUUCAGCUAGUAUUUUGUCAGUUUCCGCUGAUAAAUAUUUACGCUAGCAAUGCUCAAAAACGAUUCUAUCGGGCUCCCUCUAGCGGGGAGAAGAAAUUAAACUUCUUGGCAGCGACAUGGCAGAAUCUUCCCUUCAUCCUUAUUAUGGCAGUUGAAUUUCUUCUGGCGCUGAUAUUCUGGCAUGCUUACGGAACGUUGGCAUUCAUUAUCACACCGUUGCGGACAUGGUCUAUUGUGCUAAACAUACUGCUAUGGUACCAAUCGAAAAACUUGCCUGCGAAGUGUCUUCAAUCAGCUGCUGCUGUUUGGUCUCCGCCGGCCGAGCCCAAAUCAACGUUUUCCCAGUGAUAAUUGCUUUAUAAUGACAGAAUAUGCUUCGAACGAAUUUGGUGUUACAUCAGGAAUUGAGUGUUUUACCCUUUUCUGCAGUCGCGAAGCUAUUAGUUAGGAAAAUUAUUCUUUUCAUAAAAUAUUGACUUUUAGUAAAUUAAAGAUUUCAAAGUGUUUUCCUAUUGUAACAGUAACGCAAUUUCUAAGAAAGUUUGCAUCAUCGUUAUUACAUCGUUAUCAAAUUAUGAUAACAAAUUAUCCAGCUAAGAUGAGAAAAAGUAAUAUUAGGAAACAGGAAAUGUAAGUAAUAUAAAUUACUGAUUGCAAUCAUAAUUGAAGACAUUUUGAACAUUCGUGUACAAUGAAUUGGAUGGUAAUAAUAACAAUGCUAAGUUAUACAACCAAAGUAACUUAGAUUACAGGGUUAAGUAGCUAAUCAUACUCUAAUGCUUAGAAACUGGAUGAUUGAAUGCAAAAUCCAAAAAUUGGUUCUAUUUAUUCUAUUUAUUUUAUUCAGAAGAAAAUCCACCGGACGUAAAACAAUCGAGUACCCUGUUAUAAGUAUUUGUAACUACUUUAAGAAAAGUGAAUGUAAAUAGGUGCAAAUAUUUUAUGAGGCACGUUUACUUUGUUGUGAUAAUAAAUAGAGCAACUAUUAUAA